AUGUCAUCCUCUUCUCAGUCUCGUCUUCUCCUCUCUCUGCUUUCUCCAGUGGCUUCUUCGACCCACCAGAACUCGCCGAAGUUUUCGACCAGUGCGAUGAUGCCGUUGCCAGUCCACACAGUGGCUUCAAAUCUCUCCGAUGAAGAAACAGAGUUUUGGAAACAGCCGGAUGGGGAGGGCUAUAGGCCUUGUCUUGAUUUCAGUUUGGAAUACAGGAAGGAAUCUGCCAAGAUCUCUAAAGAGAAGAGGAGAUUCUUGAUGGUGAUGGUUUCCGGUGGGUUGAAUCAGCAGAGGAACCAAAUUGCUGAUGCUGUUGUGAUUGCUAGGAUUCUUAAGGCUGCUUUGGUUGUCCCUGUUUUGAAGGUCAAUCUCAUAUGGAAAGAUGACAGUAAAUUCUCCGACAUUUUCGAUGUCGAACAUUUCAAGAACACGUUACGAGCCGAUGUUCGAGUCGUGUCUUCUCUUCCGUUCAAGCAUUUCAAGCUAAAAGAGACCAAGAUUCCUCAUGAUGCUUCUCCUCAUUGGAUUCGUGCAAGAUUUGGAACCCAACUCAAUCAAGAAGGGCUUCUUAUACUGAAUGGGCUUGACUCUAAGCUCUCAAAAAAUCUUCCCUUUGACCUGCAGAAGCUCAAAUGUAAGGUUGCAUUCCAUGCACUAAUAUUUGCAGCUCCAAUUCAGGAGCUGGGAAACCAGCUAACAAGGAGAAUGUGGAUUGAAGGACCAUAUAUAGCCAUCCAUCUCCGUUUAGAGAAGGAUGUUUGGGUUAGAUCUGGUUGCCAGACUGGUUUGGGUUCGGAUUAUGACACCAUCGUUGCCAAAUUUCGGAAUUUGCAACCGGAGUAUCUUACGGGAAGGAUAAACAUGAGUCACAUCCAGCGACGACGUGCUGGAUUAUGCCCUUUAAAUGCCCUGGAAAUUGCAAGGCUCCUCAAGGCUCUUGGAGCACCAAAACAAGCGAGGAUUUACACUGCAGGAGGAGAGCCAUUUGGAGGAAAGAAAGCUCUGCAAUCACUCAUUGCAGAAUUCCCAAAUAUAGCAACAAAGUACACACUGGCAAGAGAAAGAGAGCUUUCACCUUUUAUCAACAAGUCAUCUGCUAUGGCUGCCAUUGAUUACAUUGUGUCCUUGAGCAGUGACGUCUUCGUGCCAUCCCAUGGCGGGAACAUGGGUCGAGCUAUGCAGGGGCAUCGUGCCUAUGUCGGGCAUAGAAAAUACAUAAAACCAAACAAACGAGCAAUGCUCGAUUACUUUGAUGAUGCAUCCAUUUCUGAAAUAGAGCUUGGAAUCAUUGUGAGGAAGGUGCACAGACGAUCUCAGGGUCAGCCUGAGCCAAGGACCAAGAGGAAAGAUCUUGAUGUUGUUGCAUAUCCUGUGCCAGAAUGUAUGUGCAAACGUAACACUGAUUCUGUUUAG